UCUUUCGCGCGCGCGCGCCGGCGUGUGGGCUUUGCUUGCGUGCGUACGUGUGGGCGGGCGUACUCGUAUCGCUCGUCGGGUCGGGUAGGGUCUGGCAAUCUGGCAGGGGAGCUGUGUUGUGCAUGCGCGCGCGCGCGCGCGCGCGUGUGUGUGUGUGUGUGUGUGUGUGUGCAAAGAGUCUAGAUGAACGCGCACGCGGCCCCCAUGUCGGUGCAGUGCGUAUGAUUGCGACAUGCUGAUCGCUUUGUUGCCUGGCGGAGCGAGAUGACGGGUGGGGAGAAGGGUGGGGAGGCCCAUCUGCGCUUCUGGAAUCGGGGCUGGCUGGCCUCGCGGCAGUUGUUGGGAGACGUGGAGGGAGCGCAGUGGCUCUGCCUAGGAAGGGAAUUAGAUUGUUGGACACAUCAGCGCCGGGAGGGGUGGUGCGCGGGUGAGGUGAGAAGCAGGAGAUCGCCGAUGCUGGGAAGGGGAGUUUUUGUUGUGCUUUUUGCCUCGUCUUUUGCCGCUGGCCAGCAAGGCCUGAAGCAGGCGAUUUUGCAUCAAUUUCGACGGGAAGGACGGGUUGAUUCCGGUCUCCCUCUCAAUUGGUUUGAUAUUCCUGGUAUGUAUGGAAUGAGGCUGUUCAAAGAUUUUGCCAACUGGAUACCUAGCGAUUUUGAAAAUAUUCACUGAUCACAGAACCAUAGUUUACAUUGAAGGUGUUGCAUUUCCCUUCCCACAAGCUGCUGCCCACAACCUCAUUCAAGUUCAUCAAUACCCAGUGG